UUUUUACUGCGCGUGUGUGUGUGUGCUCGUGUGUGUAUGUGUGUGUGUGUGUGUGUGUGUUUUUAGGGGGGCCUGUGCCAUCUGCAAACCCAGUGGAUUUGCGAUGUGCACACACAACUAAGUUUGAUAGCGAAACAGCACCGCUGCGCUUCAGCUUUCUGGAUCCAUUUUGAGCGCACACGGAUGCUCUGAUCUGCGCUUUUAGAUCUCUUUGGACUCUCCUUUUCUUUCUCUCUUCGAAAGCUACGGGAUAUGUCGAGAGGCGGAGGCGUUUCUCCUUCCACCCAAAGCCUCCCCAAGUUGGGACCCCACUGACGCGCUAUGACAUGAAGCAGGAGCACACUUGUGGACGUCAUUGAAGGUGCCAAUAGGAGGACGACUGCAUUGCCUUUUUUCACCGAACUGACCAGCCACCUUGGCCGAGGCAGCACAGUGGGCUGGCCUGCUGUUAAGACUUAUCUUUUGCCACCUGUGACACACUACUGCCAUCAUGCAGACCUCAUCGCUCCGCCGCCAGAUGAAAAACAUGGUCAACAAUUACACGGAGGCCGAGAUCAAGGUCAGAGAGGCCACCUCCAACGAUCCCUGGGGUCCUCCCAGCUCGCUCAUGUCUGAAAUCGCAGACCUGACAUUCAAUGUGGUGGCGUUCACCGAGGUAAUGGGUAUGAUCUGGAAGCGGCUCAAUGACCACGGCAAAAACUGGCGACAUGUUUAUAAGGCGCUGACCCUGCUGGACUACCUGAUCAAAACGGGCUCUGAGCGCGUGGCCAAGGAGUGCCGGGAGAACAUAUACACCAUCCAGACACUGAGAGACUUCCAGUACAUCGAUAGAGAUGGACGCGACCAGGGUGUCAACGUCCGGGAGAAGGCCAAGCACCUGGUGGCUCUGCUGAGGGACGAGGAAAAGCUGAAGAAGGAGAGGAGCCAGGCGCUAAAGACCAAGACACGCAUGACAGGGGUCACCAGUGGCCUAGGCUCUGGAUCCCUUCCUCCUCCAUACCCAGGUCGUCGCACUAGCCAGCCCAACUCAGCUGGGGUCCACAGGGAUGAGUUUGGCACGUGCAGAAGCUCGCCGUCCUCCUUUCACUCCUCCUCUUCCUCUCCUCGAGUUGCUCCAGACCUGGAGCAAGCUCGGCCCACGACCAGUGGAGAAGAGGAGCUGCAGCUGCAGCUGGCCUUGGCUAUGAGCCGAGAAGAAAGUGAAAAGCCACCUCCUACAGUGGAUAUUGAUGAACAUACCCAGCUCCAGAUCGCAAUGACUCUCAGCAAGGAGGAGGCCCAGAAGUUACCUUCCCGGUCAACACCCUCACAGCCAGUCCAAUGUGCACCUCCCACACUGGAUUUGGAUGAGGAAAGCCAGCUCCAGUUAGCCCUGAGCCUGAGCAAAGAGGAGCACCAGCAGGAGCAACUCAGUCGCCAAGGAGACGAGUCGAUGCUCCAGAAAGCUCUGGAGGAGAGCAAACGUGAGAUGGAGACUAAAGGCGGGACCGCCUUCAUGGACCUGGUAGAUGUUUUUGCAGUGCCCUCAGAUCAGCCUGCUAGUGACCACAGAUGGAAUGAUCCCCCACACCAGGCGGCUGCUCGCCUGGGAGGCACAGACCCCUGGGACGCUCUGGAAGGCAGCACCAACACCUCCAGAGUAGAUCCGCCCUGGAUGGCACCACCGACUUCCAGCAGCCCCCCUCCACCGUGGGAGCCCCCAGUCGACCCCUGGGAUGGACCACAGAGCAAUGUCUCUAACGCCACAGGCAGAGAAUGGGCUUUCCCUGCCAACACAGCCUCCUCAGGAGUUGACCCAUUCUCAGUACCAUCAGUAGAAGCAGCCCUCAAAGGACCUCCCCCUCGAGCUGGAAGCCCGUCAGAUGGGGAUUUGUUUGAUGAGGCCAUGGAUGGAGGUCAGGUGAAUGUAAACGGGCGAGAGGAGGGCAGUCCUGAGCUAUUUGACCUGUCACGUCUUGGAGAAAGCCUGGCUGCCCCUAGCCCUCGUACAUGCCGGACACCUGAGGCCUUUUUGGGCCCCACAGCGGCUUCUUUGGUAAACCUGGACACCCUGAUCCCAGUAAACCCUCAGGCCAAGACCAUGAACCCAUUUCUAUCAGGCCUGAGUGCUCCUUCAGCCACCAAUCCUUUCCAAAAUGAGGCGCCCAAACUAACUCUGAAUCAACUGGGCUCCACCUCUGCGGCUCCUCCCCCCACUUCUCUUCCAUACAGUGCCUCCUUGCCCCUGCCUAUGAGCCACCAGCCUGCCAGCCUCCCUUCGUCACUUACUCACCCCACCCAGCCUGGCCUGAACCUGCCAGGGAACCUCCCCGAGCCCCUGUUGCCGUUCUCCAGCACUGACGGAUCACAGGCUGCACUGAACCCUUUCUUAUGAGGACCUACAAAACUGGAGAAAAUAUCGUAGAAAAAAAAAGGGGGAAUGCCAUUAGGUUAUGCUCUUGAAAUAUAACUCUAACCGCAGACCAAACUGCAGCCCCAAGGACCUGUAUGAAAGCCCUAUUCUUAGUUGUUUUUAUAUUGUGGUAUAAUACAGUAACCCUUAGAUUGAUGCAAGCUGGUUCUGCUCCUCACUGCGACACUCUCUCCUGCUCUCUUGUCAUGACUGCAGUAACAGGUUAUGAAAGAAAUAACACCUUUGUAUCAGAAGCUGUUAGUGUCACGUAAAACUUCUUUAAGGCCAAAGCUUGUUGCAAAUUGACUUAAGAGACAAAUGUACACAAAAGCACAGUUUGAUAAUAUUUUGUCACUUCUCUUCGCUAUAAUUACCAGGUAAAUGUAUUACAGCUUUCAACAAGUCUCCUGCUCACUCAGCUGUUUGUGUGAUUGGCUUUACCGGCCACUGCUGCUGUCAUAUACUCCUGCUCGGGAAAAAAGAUGAUUUCUGAUACGAACCAAGAGUUGGAGACCUGUCCAGUUCUUGAAAUGUUUCUGCAUCAUCAUGGUUAACUUUGUGGGGCUUCUGUUGGACCAGACCUGAUGAUAAACAUCAGUGUAUACAUGAUUUUACUAUUAUGAAAUGAAUCGCCGGGGUUAACUGAAUGAAAUCAUAAUUUGGGAGGACUGUAAGCGCUUCUGAAUUUACUAUAAGCAAGGCAACAUUAGAAAAUGUAUACAAAUAUGAGUUUUAUUCAUUGCUUGUGAACCACUGACUCUCAUCAAAUAUAAGGGUAUAAUUA